GCCAGCGCAGCUUCACGACGACUGAUGAAUAUCUCCACCUCUCCCUUAUGACGGGAAUCGUCGCCUUCUACGACUUCCCACUCAGAUGAAUCAUGUACAAACGAAGCGUGUUUACCAAUAUCACUCCGCUUCCGUCGUAUAUUACGCGGGAGACGGUCGUGGAUGCCCUCCACAAUCAUAGCGAAAUGAUUGAGCUGAACCCUUUGGUGAUCCGGCAUCAGCCCUGUCGCCCACCACCCUUUGCACCUGCAGAUGAAUUCCACUGUACAUGGUACGAGUUGACCGAUCGCAUCUCGUAUUUACCCGGCGGGCUCAUCCAGGGUAAUGUGUCGUAUGCCGCGUGCUUUCACGACCUCCCGCGAGGCCUUCAAACGCACGUCUACGCUCCAACCGGCUUGGAUAUCCGGGAGAAGUGGUCGGUCUGUGGGAAUAUGCCCGGAGAGCCGCGAGAGCCCGUCGAACUGGGCAUCCCCGAUGCACCCCGCGAAGGGCUAUACCUUCGGGAAGAUGUCAACAUGCGGUCGCAGAUCUGGGCCACGUCAUUUGUGAAGCGGACACUGAAAAAGGCCCACUCAGUGCUAGUAGACCGGCUAGUCAUUAAGGCGGACCUAGAAAAGCAGAAGAGGGAGUCAAUAUCCGGAUGCGUGUCCGAAUCAUCGAUGCAACAACAAUAUAUUCUGUCGCCUACUCAGAAACCAUUGCGUGAUGGGUAUCAAGGAGAGGAGGACUCGUUGUCGCUGGCGCAGAGCCGUUGGUCAAGGACCAGCGAUAUUGUUGAGGUUCCUGGAUCGUUGCAGGCGGGACAGAGACGUGGUCAGCGAGCAGGUCCUUCGGUAUAUGAACUCGAAUAAAGAGAGGUGUAUAAUUGUGGACUUUUCC